AUGGCCCAGAUCUCAUCUACAGAGUUUGGUGGCUCUGUGGCAAUGAACCAAAAUUUUGGAACACUGGUGGGAUUGAAGCAUGGGCUGCUUCUUGAGAGCCCUCACGAGACGAAGCUGCUUUUGCCACACGCAGCAGUUUGCCGAUACGACAAAGGAAAUCACUGCACGGUACAUCUAGAUCUUAGUGAUUUGCGCGAUCCUGCUUUGUUUGUUUAUUCACUUCGUGCAGACUUGUGGGAACUACGCGGGCAAAGGGAUCGAGUUGCCAGCUUGUACCUUGCCAUGCUACAUGCCAUGACUUCGCAUGUGCUCCGAGAUCCAUUCACGCUUCAAACAGGCACAGAGCGUGCGGUGAGCCUUCUGCGUUCUGCACGUGUCAGAGGAAAUCUUUGCAGCGGGCCUGACGAUGCAGAGCAGGGGAUGGAGCAGAGUAUUCUGUUGGAAAUCGCAGCCCUCUCUCCCAACCGCCAGAUUGAAAAGAACCGGCCAGAAGUUGUGUCCUUUCCCUUGCCCGGCCUUUGUGCGCAUGAAGGUUUGGCUUUUCUGGCUCGUGAUGCCAUUGUUGAGAUUGCGGAGCACCAGCAUUUGGUGGGUGUGGAUUGCUGUCUUGAAGCAGUCCAAGAGUGCAACGAGUUAUGUGGGGAACUUCAGCAAAGGGCUUACGCUCGCAGCCGAGAUGUGUACGGUUUGCCAGGGUGCCUAACUGACGAGGAGGAAGCUUCCAUGAAGGCCUCGAACCUCCCCGUUUGGAGAGAGGCUCUUGCUGACAGUGAUGGCAGUGAGGCAGCCAGGUCGGUUGCUUCGUCGGUCUUUUUGCCAUUGCAAGCGCAGCUGCAGCUGAUGAAACCUGCCUUGAAAGAUAUCCUUCUGACGAAGGAGCCCCUGCAAGGCUUCUCAAAGGACUGUUUGGAGGAUGCCCCCAUCAGUGAUUGGCAGAACACGCUUAGCCAGAGCCAGGUCAGCCUGCGAGAUUUGUGGAUUGGGUUGUACCAGGCUGCGAUGCGUAAGAAAGAAGACAAGUUUGGGUUACUAUUGGCUUACACGGCGUUCAAGUGGCCAGACUUCACUGGCUACCUCCAGAUGCUAGGGACCAUUUGUGUGAACCGAGAGAUGUUCAUGCAUUGGACCGUGCCACAGCAUGCCGAAUAUGAGAAGCCAGAUCAGCGGGGUUUCAAUCCCAGGCAAGUUCGCUCAAUUAUCCAAAAUCAUCUCAAGGUAUUUGAUGAACCUCGUCCUCAGAUGCCAACCCGUCGGGAACAGGAGCAGGCAGAUGUGGAGUUCGAGAAGAGACGGAACAAGCACGAGCAGAGUUGUGCCGAGACCUGCAGACGCAUUGAGAGCCGAGUGCAUCAAGCUUUCAUCAGCUGGCUCCGGAAGAUUCCGUACGAUUGUCAAGAUGAGAUGAUAACCCAGCCAGCCUCAUUGAAAGAUGAGCUCAACAACUUGAUGGAGCAGUGGUGGAAAGCCCAUGAGUUGCAUGAAUUCUUGACAGGUGUUGUGGAGACGUAUGCAGCAUUGGAAUUUCAGCGGCCAAGUCCAACUUUGGAGGUUCAGCUGCACCAGGCACAACCGCCUUGCCCGGCCAAACACGAUUUUUCUCUUCCUGAGCCUUCUCCAUCUGAGCUUGAACCAUUGAGGCUAGAAGAAGAACAGUGGGAGACUGGCCAGCCUCAGUCAGGAAUGUCCAUGGAUCCACCCUCCUGUUCGGGACAGCGAAGGUGCCCGGAGCUUGCCCUUUGGAAGGAUGAGAAAUAUGCUGCGAUCAACAAAGCCCUGCAGGAGCCUUUGCAGGCAAGUUGGGAGCUUGCUCACAAGGAGAAGAUGAAUCAGAUCAGCCACGACUACUUCCCACGCAAUCUUGAAAAGAAUUUGCAGGAUGCGCUUGAAGAAGUAUUGGUUGACAGAGAGGACGCUUGGAAAAGGGUGGUCCAAGCCUUGGAGGGAAGGGGAAGGCUUGAUGAUCUGGUGAGGCGAAGCGGUCUCCACGCGCGGCCUACCCCAUUGACAGUUCUGCCGCGGCUAUUGUCAGAGUCAGAUGGCCAACUCAAGGAGAUCAUUGGGAGCUUUGCAGUGAGCUUGAGGGCAGAACAGCGGAUGCGACGAUGUUUGCGCUUGAUGCAGAAUCCAGACAUGAGCGUUUGGCUGGCAAAGGAGCUGCAGCCAUCUAGUUCUGGCUGCGUGGGGUGGUCUCCCAGUGAGUAUCCAGGCUGGCUGCUGCUAGAGGUGGAUAAUGACUUUUGCAUUCGGGAGCACCAGGCCAUGGUUGCGAAGGAAAUGAUUUGUGCCAACGAGAACCAGCUCCUUCAGCUCAAUAUGGGCGAGGGCAAGACAGCAGUAAUCGUGCCGAUGCUGCUAGCAGCCCUUGCAGAUGGGAGUAAUUUGCUUCGCAUCACGGUGCUAUCAUCUUUGUGCUUUUCAAAUUCUGCAGAUUGGCAGCUGAAGCUGGGUGGCUUGCUUGGGAAGAAGAUCUACCCUUUGUAUUGCCGCCGUGACCUUCACAUCGACAAGGUGGCUGCCCAGAGGAUGAGGAGAUACGUGGAGAAGAUUCGAGCAGGUGGUCAUGUCGUGGUCACAGUGCCAGAGCACAGGCUGUCUUUGGAGAACAAGGCCAUUGAGCUUGCUUGGAAAGGUGAUGAAGAGGCUAGCCGAGAGCUACACCUUCUACUAGAAGAUUUGAAAAGGGCCAGAGACAUCGUGGAUGAAUCAGACGACAUCUUUCACGCCAAGUAUCAACUCAUCUAUACAUUGGGAAAUUGCAGAGAGGUUGACGGAGGGAGUUUGAGAUGGCGGGUUGCGGCUUGCGUUCUGGCCUCUGUCGCCAAGCACGCUGCUACCCUUGCAGAAACCUUCCAAACCAAUGCCAUUUUGCUUGAGCCUGGUGGUGUUGAGUACGAGUUUCCCGAAAGUUUACGGCUGACGUCGGGUGCAACAGACGCUUCCACGACUCAAGCAAGUUGCUACCAGCACCUGUGCAAAUUGAUUGUGGAUGAUUUCCUCAAUGGAGCCCACCAGAUAUCUGUGCGGCUUCGUGCAGAUGAACGUGUGUCCUUUGAAAGGUCUGUGCUGCUGGCAGAGUUGCAUGAUGAACCAUGGCUUCAGCUGCCAGCAGAGAUCCAGCCCUUGGCCUACCUGCUUCGAGGUUUGUUGAGCAAUGAGGUUCUCCUGCUGGCGCUCACUAAGCGAUAUCGAGUUGAGUAUGGAGUGCACUCCACAGCAGCUUGUCGUUAUGCAGUCCCCUACAGAGCCAAGGACGUUGCUGCAGAGCGCACAGAGUUUGGCCACCCUGAUGUGGCUAUCCUCUUGACAUACCUCACAUACUAUCGAGGGGGACUGGAAGAGGCUUACGUCAAGGAGGUUUUGGACAAGCUUGCGCAGAAGACUCAAGACCAGGCAGCGGCGAUCUAUGAAGAGUGGACCUCUGAAAUGGGAGAUGAUAUGCCAAGUGAAUUGCGCCUAUGGUCGGGCAUCAAUCUUGCAGACCCCAAGCUUGUGAGGGAAAUGGUCAAGAAAAUCCGCAAACACCGACGUGUUGUGGAUUUUUGGCUUGAUCAAAUUGUGUUUCCGCUGGAGGCCAAAUGCUUUGAUCAAAAGCUCGUCUCUACAGCGUGGGAUUUGUGCAGGGCAGAUCAUGUGACCACUGGCUUUUCUGGCACGGAUGAUGCAAGCCUUUUGCUUCUGCUCACAAUUUCCCAGAAGAAUUUGCGAGAUUUGAAUCACACAAAUGGAAUUGUUCUGAGAAACCUGCUGCAGGAGGAGAAUGAUGCAUAUUUUUCGCUUCCUCCUAGUGCAGCUGCCAAUGGCGCCAGUCUCCUCGCAGAGAUUUACAAGAGUAGCAGUCCAAUCAAUGUCGUGCUUGAUUCUGGCGCAUGGGCCACUGACAUGACGAACGAAGAGUUGGCACAGAAAUGGCUAGGCAGUCGAAACGACAUGGAGGCAGUGGUUUAUUUCGGUGCAGGCAACCGGAUGCUUGUCGUGAACAAAGCUGGUUUGGUUACGCCCUUGGCCUUGUCUCCCUACGAAACAAACUUGCAGAAAUGCCUGAUCUACUUGGAUGAUAUUCACACUCGUGGAUCAGACUUUCGCCUUAGUGCAGGAACACGUGCAGCUGUGACGUUGGGGCGGGGAAUGCAGAAGGACAAGCUCGUUCAAACCUGCAUGCGGAUGCGUCUUCUUGGGAAUGGACACUCAGUGUGCUUCUAUGCGUCCGAUGAGGUUGACCGACAAAUCAAAGCCUGCCGUCCACCAAGCUCGGGGACUGUCGUACCAAGAGGCAAAGGCACUCUUGCAAGUCGCGGGAAACUGCAUCAUUUGCCAGCGAUUCUUUCAUGGUGCUUGGCCAACACUGCAAAGUCAACUGCUGAGAAACUCCCUUACUGGGCAUCUCAAGGCAUGACUCAAUUUUGCAAGAAGCGAGCUUACGAAAGGUUCAACUAUCAGGAUGCAGAUGAGCUCGGCUUGCUUGCAGAUGCAUGUGCACAGAGGGAGGUGAUCGCAUUGGCUGAAAUGUAUGGCCACGGGCGCGUUCAAGAACCUAUUCCAACAGUGGUAGAGGCAAUGUACCAGCAACGCCAGCAAUGCUUGGAUUGCCCAAUUGCUGUAGCUGAGGACAUCUGCAAGAUCAUGGAUCACGUGGAGGAGCUUGGAGCCAAUGUCCUUUGUGCCGCCAGCUUGCUUCACGAAGAGCAGGAGCGUGAGUUGGAGGCGGAGCAAGAAGAGGAAACGCAAGUUGAACGACCUGCAGCAGCCGUGCCAGCCGCACCGAAGCUUUCACGUGGGCUAGUAGAGCUGGCCUUCUUGGGCCAUACAGAGGAGACGUUUUUGUCGCUGGAUAGCGCCGUUCAGCAGACAACCUUUGGGCACCUUGCGAGUUGGUCAGUGGAGCUUUGUGUGACGCCGGAUUUUGUCAAGACGGUCGCGGACAAAGGCCACACAGACCACUAUCUCAGACCUGUGGUUUGGCUUCUCCAAGGCCGAGCGAAGCAAGUUGUGAUCUCAAACUUCGAGGCGGAGGCAGUUGCCAGAACUUUCCGGAAGGAAGGAGAUUGUGCACAACUCUGUCUGAUCGUGCCUCGCAUUUGGGCAUACCAAACACUAGCAAGCAGUGUGCCUGUGCCUUUGGCCGUCGAGGUUUUCGCUGGUUGCCUUACGACACCCAGCGCAACUCUUUGGCCCAAAUCCGCAGCUUCUUGGGAUUGAGCCUGCCAACUUCGAGCAGCGAAGCUUGGAAUGCGCUGUUUGACAAGCGCUUGGUGGCUUCAGAUGGAUUUGUGCGACCCGAGAACCGAGAACAAGUAUCAGAAGAGGAUGAAAACUUGCUGUGUUUUCCAUCGCCUUUCCAAUCCAGUCCAGUGAAGCAACUCAGGCGUUUGCUUGAAGCCAGGCACUUAGGCACCCGGCUUGAAGGCUCCAAAAUCGCCAAAUUUUUGUGUGUCUUUGACGUUGGUGCUGGCGACAGUUGAAAUUGGCCUUAUCUCAGUGGGACCAGUUUCAACAAUUUUCAAUGUUUGCGCCUGACCGUUGGCGUGUGCAAGACUGCUGUGCACUAAAAGGGUGCGUCAGACCCAAAUCUAAAUUCUAUUCUUAAUGCGGGAGUGGCUUGCAGCCUGCACAAAAUCUUUCAUCGUUGAGAUGAUUCAAUUGGCAUCAUUUUAUUUAACUUGAUUUUCAGGAGCACUUGAUGACUUUGGUUUUGUCCGCAGUUGGCAGAUCACUGUUGCGCGAAUUCUCCCAAACUCCUCUCACACAACACGUGCGCGUGAUAGACCCGACAAGAGCAGCCG